AUGAAGAAGCCGUGUAUUGAAGCAGAUUUGGUUCUGACUUUGAUACCUUUGCUGGAAAGCACAGACCAAGAAAUGCUGCUUCAUGCUGGGCGGGCUAUUGGCCGUAUCUGUUAUGAUAACCGUGAUCUUCAGGAAGAGCUGGUGAAGGUAGGAGUAAUCUCAUCACUAGUCCGAAUAUUGACUGAUUAUGCAGAGAGCGAACCACUUGUCCACGUUGACCUAUUGGCCUUAUGCAAUCUUGCAGACCUUGAUACAGCUAAGGAAGCUCUAAGCAAGACAAAGGUUGCUGAACAGCUGGUGAAACAACUGAGAAGAGCAGAGAACCAUGAAAGGUUAGAAAUCAUCUUUGAGGUCCUACAAGCACUUGCAGAAAACGAUGCUCUAAAAGUUCAGUUGGUGGAAGCAGGUGUGCAAGAGGUGCUGUCUGACAUCCUACUGAGGCUUCACGGCAAUUCACAAGCUGAAGAUACGUGCAUUGUGAAGGCUGCAUCAGAUCUCAUUGUCUCUCUGCUUCUUGGAGAUGGCAACUGUAUACGAAUGGUACAAGUGGGAGUCAUACAUCAGCUUCUGGACCUUUUGGAGAAACACGUGGAGAGUGGGGAUGUCUCUGUGCAACAUGCUGCACUCAGCGCACUUCGAAACCUUGCUACCCCAGUUGUUAACAAGGUUCAAAUGCUGGAGGAAGGUGUGGCAGAACGGAUUCAGGCGCUUCUAAGGUCAGAGAUGCCUCCUGUGCAGUUUAAACUUCUGGGAACACUACGGAUGCUAGCAGAUGGUCAAGCUGAUGCGGCUGAAAUCUUGGGCCAAGAUCCCAUGCUGCUCAACAGACUUGUGCAGUGGUGUGAUGUUAAGGACCAUGCCGGCGUUCGUGGAGAAGCAAAUCGGCUGCUAGCAUCAAUCUUGCGUCACAACAGAUCCCAAGAAGUGGUCAAAGCAGUGCAGGAGGCACAAGGAGUAAAGCUUCUGGUUUCCAUGACUACAAGUGAACAUGCUGCCCUGCAGAAUGAAGCUCUGAAUGCCUUGGCAAUAGCGUCUGCUAUUGAUCUAGAUACCCUUGAAGCAUCUUUUAAGGAAUCACAGCUAGUACAAAGCUUACACAGACUUCUACAAGAUGAUAAUACAACUCCUGAGGUUAAAUAUAAUUCAAUGGGUCUUUUGUGCAGUCUUCUUAAUUCAGGUGAUCUGAGACAAGAAAUAGAAGAGGACAAGAUUAAAGAAACCCUCGAACAACUCUGCAGUCACAGCAAUGCAAAUGUGGUCAAGGAAGCUGCUGCAACGUUACAGGUGUUGAAAGGAGAGCCACCCCACUAGCCUCCCUCCCAACCCAGAGCAACCUGUGCUGCUGCUGAGGCAAAUGCAAUAAAAUGCCAGCUCGGCCAACGCUACCUUGCAUUUGUCAUGCUGCUGCACAACCAAUGCUAUUAAAGCCCAGGUACAGCUCCUGCUUUUAAAACUAUGCAUACAAAAAUCUGGCCUACAGAUACUUGUAUCACUGCUGCUCUUUACUGAGCUACUAACACACUGCAGUAGGAAUAAAUCCUGUCAAACAAGUGGUCUUAGAAAACAUUAUCUGAGAGGCAACAAGUAAUUAUCAUCUAUAAUACAUAUAAGCUGCUUGGUUUUGACAAAUCAGGGAAUCAAUUGCAACUUUAAUUUUUCGAAAUCAAUAGGACUUUAAAAUCACUGUAAAAACCUAAAGCUUGUAUCAUGCAACCCAAAACAACAGAGCUUUCAAUUAAAUGUGAGCUGUUGAUUAAAUAAUGCAAAGGGCUAACUGGACCAGUUCAACUCCUGCACACUGUGAAUCAAUCUGCGUACCCAGCUGUUAACUGGAAAUUUCACAACUCCCCAUAAAACCGUACCUUUAAACCACCUUCCCCUCCCCUUCCACAUUUUAAUUUCUGCUUUUAAAGCUCAUCACGGAGUUUAUGCCUGCUAAUAUCACAAGCGCUAUUGCUAAGCAUCUGAGGUCUCAUCCUGCAUGCAGAGUUGCGGCUAUUGUAACUGGGUAUGAUUUGCUGUAGAACCAACUUUUGCAGUAAACUGCAGUUAAUGU